AUGAGGUGCCAAGAAAGAAGUGUAAACUUAGCAAAAAGCUUUACUGAGCGACUUCAAGCUGGUAAUGAUAAAUCCAAAGCAGAACUUGAAAAUCUUGAUCUUUUUGAUCUGGACAAUGGAGAAUUAUUCGCAAUCAGCUGGUUUUCUCUCAAGGCUACUACUGUAGUGGCUCUAACGCCAAGACAAUUAAACAAAAAUUCGCAAACAAUUCUUGGUUAUACUACUCAAUUAUCUGAACCUGAUCUAAACCAUCAAAUUUGUGAAAUUAUUGAAAGAAAUAACAAAAAGAUUGUGGAAAGAAAAGAGUCCGAGAAAUUGGAGAUUGUGGAACGAAAGGAGUCCGAAAAACAACAACUUAUUCAAGGCAUUAUUUUUGGAACGUGUAUGUAA